GCCGAGAAAACCCUAGAAAACAGAGUCGCUCAUCCUCAUCGUCUCUGUGAUUUCUCUAGAGAUGGCGAAGUCGAAGAACCACACAGCUCACAACCAAUCGUACAAGGCCCACAAGAACGGCAUCAAGAAGCCCCGCAAGCACCGCCACGCUUCCACCAAAGGGAUGGACCCGAAGUUCUUGAGGAACCAGAGGUACGCGAGGAAGCACAACAAGAAGAGCGGUGAAUCCGCCACCGAGGAAGAAUAGACCAACAAUGAUUAGGUCCCAGUUGGGCUCUGUUUUUGUUUUAGAAGUAUAGUGAUUUGACGCUACGCUUUACUUCAUAUUAUUGUGGGAUGUUUUCCUACUUAUGUUUUUGUCUAUGGAUUAGUAGUUCUGUUUGUUGAAAACCUUUUAAUUGCUGAGAUUCUAUGAAGUAGUUGUUGCCAAAAAGUGUUUUUUUAAUUA